AUGGAGGAAAAAACAAUCAGCACGGCUACGAGACAAAACUCAUGGUAUGCAACUUUAACUCUUGAUUGUCUUAAGAGGCGAGUGUACUUGAUCUUCGGAUCGGGCAACAUGAAUUCAAUGGAUUAUGAUGGUGGAAACAAGAUUAAAAUCAUUAGUGAUGCUUCAAUUUAUUCAUUCGUAUUGGGGAUUAUUGAAAAUACUCUGUACUUCCGUGAACGACAUUCACCUGCCAUAUGUAAAAUGAAUGCGACAAACUGGACCAUAUCUCGUAAAGUUCGAGUUACGAUACCCGCUUGGAAAAGAAUUGUCGUCACAGAUAGAUCUAUGCAACCUGAAGGUAAUUAA